GAUUUCUUCAUUUUUGCCAACAAUCUUGAACCCAUUCUGCUCAACAUUUUGCCAGAUGAAAUAAUCGGAGAUUCUCUGCAAUGGGACACAUUGUUUCAGAUAAUUUGCGGUAUUGCCCAGGGGGUGGUGUACCUUCACUUGCACUCCGGACUAUGUAUCAUCCACAGGGAUCUCAAGCCAAGCAAUAUCUUGCUGGACGCUGAAUUGAAUCCUAAGAUUUCCGAUUUCGGCACAGCUAGAUUUGGUCAUUUGGACAAGAGCAUGAAGGCAGACGUCGUAGCGGGAACUUAUGGUUACAUGGCUUCAGAAUAUUCAAGCAAAGGUAUUUUCUCAGCCAAGUCAGACGUGUUCAGCUUCGGCAGCCUGCUGCUCGAGAUCAUCAGUGGAAAAAGGAACGUCACAGGGUACAGAACCAGAUACGGCAAGGCGCUGAGCCUGCAUGAGUAUGUAAGUGGUAGUACAACUCUUGGAAGCACACCACACAGCAGAUCGAUUACUGGUUACUUAAUUACUCCUCAACUAACUAUUUAUUUGAGGAUUUUGUUGCAGAUAUGGCACCUGAUGUUCAUGGAGGAGGACGUCCUGGGUUCGCCGAAAGAAGGAGGAGGCGCUGGCGAAGCUGAUCCACCCGUCGCUGCGCGGCGAGCUGGCUUCUCGGACGGAGGACAUCUGGAGGUGCGCGCACGUAGCUCUGCUCUGCGUCCAGAACGAGCCGGCGGACCGGCCCUCGAUGUGGGACGUCGUGCUGAUGCUCAACGCCGGCGGCAGCGCCGCGGCGGCGGCGGCGCAGCUGUCUUCCUCUGCACCUCCUCAGCGGCCGGCGCGCCAGUACGGCAACGGCAAGAUGCUGCCGAGCUUGGCGGAGCUUCUCCGUGAUGACCGCCGCGUGCCAUACAACAAGACUAUGGCUGUUCUGUUUCCAUGAGAUCGAUAGAUGGGGCAUACAGUAUAUACAUGUCGAACCGCGGUGUGAUGUUCAUUCAGAAUUCAGAGGGAUCGAUCAAAGAUUCAGCUGGUUGUCAUCUUAAGCAUCUGGAUCAGUUAUUCCGAUUUCCGCAUUGUUCACCCGU